UUUAUCUUGUUCAUUGCACUUAUGAGUCCUCAUCGAUCCACCUUCACCAGAACCUUCACAUAAGAAAAAAAGGUCUAAAAAUCCACCAUGAAACUCAGAAUUCGAUGCUUCGAAACCAAACAAACCCUUAAAAUCAACAUACCAUCAUCUUCAUGCACUCUUCAAGAACUCAAACAUGUCAUCUCUCAAGCAUUCCCUUCAUCAUCAUCAUCAAAUUCCAUUCAUCUUUCCUUAAAUAGAAAGGAAGAGCUUCAAAACUCUGAAGAAACACUUCAAUCAAUUGGUAUUACAUCAGGUGAUCUUAUCUUUUUUACUUACAAUCCAAAUGUGUUUUCAAUUUCAACUCAAACCCAUAUCCCCAAAUCUAACCCUAAUCAAGAUUCCAACUUGUUGAACAAAUUGGACACCCAAAUUGUUCAAGAAUGUAAAACAGUGGAAAAUAUGGACACCCAAAUUGUCCAAGAAUCUGAAACAGUGAAAAAAAUGGACACCCAAUUGAAAAACACGGACACCCAAGUUGUCCAAGAACCUGAAAAGGUGAAAAAUUUGGACACCCAAGUUGUCCAAGAACCUGAAAAGGUGAAAAUUUUGGACACCCAGGUUGUCCAAGAACCUGAAAAGGUGAAAAAUGUGGACACCCACGUUGUCCAAGAACCUGAAAAGGUGAAAAUUUUGGACACCCAAAUGGUCCAAGAACCUGAAAAAGUGAGAAAUAUGGACACCCACGAGGCGAAAACCCUAAAUUCGAUACAUCAGGGAGACGAAACAGAUGAUUUUAUGGAGGUAGAUGGAGAUUACAGUGGUGUGAAUUUGACGAAAUCGUUUAGUGUACCUGGGUUUUUAAGGAAAGUGUUCACGGAGGAGCUAAGUGAUGACGGUGGCCGUGAUCAUAAGCUGUUGGUGGUUGCACUUCACGCUGUUUUUGUCGAAUCCGGGUUUGUUCUUCUUGACCCUGUUUCGUUUACUGAGCUUAGUGGGACUCAAUUUUUGAAAAAUUGGCCUUCGGGUGCUUCACGAAUGAGACUGUUUUACACUUUGCCUGAGGUUAUUGAUCAUGUAAAACGGGGUAAUUCGGAUGUGAUUCACACUAUUGAGUUAAAGUUUCAAUCUUUAGGGAUGUUCUUUAUUGCUCAUGGGUCAUUGUCCGGUGGGGUUUCUGCGCGUAGAGUGACGUUAAACGAAGACCAAUUAGUUCCGUUUUUGAACGUCGUGUGGGCUAAUUGUGGAUUAAAUGAGGAGGUAAAUGGGGUUUCCAUAACCUCUCCGGAGAAGGAAGUGUUUAUGUUUUGGAGGAACGUGAAGGACGGGCUUGUAUUGCCAUUGCUAAUUGAUUUGUGCGAAAAGUCCGGUUUGGCGCUUCCACCGUGCUUUACGCGACUCCCGACUGAUCUAAAGUUGAAGAUUUUGGAAUCCCUUCCUGGUGUUGAGAUAGCGAAAGUGAGUUGUCUGAGCUCCGAAUUGCGAUAUUUGGGUUCGAGCGAUGAUUUGUGGAAGAAGAAAUAUGCGGAGCAUUUUGGUGAUGGUGAGAUAUCGGGAGAAGGGGGACAUUGGAAAGAGAAGUUUGUCAAGUCUUGGGAGAGUAGGAAGAGAAGGAAGGUGAGUAGUAGAAGAAGAUUUGUUGAUCCCCUGAGUUUCUUAGGGGGUCCUCAUCGAUUUCCAGGACCUUGGAGGCCACAUAUAAUUGGUGGAGAUUAUGAUCUUUUCGCUCCACAAUUUGAUAAUACCGGAAAUCCGUUUGGGCGGGCUCCACCUUCUCGACUGCUCCAUCCAUUGUCGAACCAUGUACCUCGUUGUAAUCUCGGAGGACAUAGGAGCAACUUCACUUGAUUAUGGCCUAUAUAAUCUGGAGUUUAUAGCAGUAAAUGGUAUAGUUUAUGUCUGCAAUAAGUAGUGCAAUAGGUUUCAGUUGCAAGUUUUUGUGAAUCUUUUUAUGUUUCUGUUGGAACUUUUCUCGUUUGGAGUUUGAAUGACUCUUAAGCAGUUAUGUUAGUUCUAUUUCCUUUUUUUCUGUUUGUGCUAAAACAGUGAAUGUAAUCUGGUGUCUAGCUUAUGUAUUAAAAUCCAUUUUCAUUGCAA